AUGAAGGGUCAAUAAACACCAAAUCGUUUUCCUAAAAUAAAUUAAUUUGAAACUCAAUUCUCUCAUUUAUCAUUAAGUAAUUUCUAAGAAUAAAAACAUAAUCCUUCAAUUUGUAAAGGAAUGUUGAGUAUGAUUAAUCCUAAACCUCCUUGUGAAAAUAAGAAAAUAAAAUAAUCUAGUAUAUAUAAUAAUGAAUAGGUUAAUUUGAAUAGAAAGCACAUUGUUUAAAAAGAUGUCCAUUAGAAGAAGGUACAAGUUUUGAUUUAGAUUUAUCUGUGUUUAAAAUACGUCCUUGUUAAAGACAAUGUGAACAUAAUUAUAAAUAAUGUCCAUAUUUCCAUUCAGAAAAUGAUUUAAGAAGACCUGGAACAUAUUACAAAGCAGAAUUAUGUCCUUAUAAAGUAGAAUAAAAAGAAUGUCCUCAUGGNGAAGGAUCACCUUCUCUAUAAAUUGCAUGA